UGAUACUCUAUCUGUAUCUCCAAUUGUUAAACAACUUUCAACUCAAGUUCCUAAUUCCACUAUUCUUUUUCCUUUAUUCAAUACCAAUCUUACACCAACUACUAUUAUUUCUCAUUCUUAA